CUCCAGGACGUCAGGGGGUUGCCGGGAGACCGGAAAGUUUGGGAGCAAAGGGGACUGCAGGUGACCAGGGGCCCCAAGGACACAGAGGAGAGAAGGGUGACCGUGGUCCUAUUGGUGACAGAGGUCCGAGAGGACCAUCUGGACAAAAGGGUGAGAGAGGAGCGGAUGGAGUGGACGGGAAGGAUGGCCUUGUGGGGGACUCUGGGGUUAUGGGCCUGUCUGGUUGUAGAGGAGACGAGGGGGCAGAGGGGGAGCCAGGUCCUCUGGGGCAGAAAGGAGAUGAAGGAUCUUAUGGAUUACCUGGACAAAAGGGAGAGAUGGGAACACCUGGGGAGCCAGGGGUUCCUGGAGUGUCUGGAGCCAACGGAGCCAAGGGGGAGCCUGGACCAAUCGGAGGACCUGGAAAUAAGGGUGACCAAGGAGACGAAGGGGACUUUGGACCGUCUGGAGCGCCAGGCACAGAGGGUGUAGGGGGAGAGAGGGGACUAAGAGGUGCUCCAGGAAUAAGAGGUGGUCAAGGGGAGACGGGUGACACAGGCUCUGCUGGAGCACAGGGUCAUGAAGGUCAGGCUGGAGACGUGGGUUCACAGGAUGUUAAGGGCUCCAGGGGGCCUCCAGGAGCACCGGGAGAUGCAGGGCCCAUUGGGAAAAGGGAACACAAGGAGAAGGCCAACCUGGAUAUCCAGGGUUCCAGGGAUACCCUGGUCUGAGAGGACCUGCAGGUUUAAAGGUCUGUCUGUCUGUCUGUCUGG